UUUUCGACCUCAGCGGUCUCGAUUCUCAGUUUUCGACCUCAGCGGUCUCGACUCUCGAUUUUCGACCUCAACAGUCUCGACUCUCAAUUUUCGACCUCAGCGGUCUCGAUUCUCAGUUUUCGACCUCAGCGGUCUCGACUCUCGGUUUUCGACCUCUUGCGGUCUCGAUUCUCGGUUUUUGACCUCAGCGGUCUCGACUCUCGGUUUUCAACCUCAGCCGUCUCGACUCUCAAUUUUCGACCUCAGAAGUCUCGAUUCUCAGUUUUCGACCUCCGCGGUCUCAACUCUCAGUUUUCGACCUCCGCAGUCUCGACUCUCGGUCUCAAUUCUUGGUUUUCGACCUCAACGGUCUCGACUCUCGGUUUUCGACCUCAACGGUCUCAAUUCUCGGUUUUCGACCUCAGCGGUCCCGAUUCUCGGUUUUCGACCUCAGCGGUCUCGACUCUCGGUUUUCGACCUCAACAGUCUGGACUCUCAAUUUUCGACCUCAGCGGUCUCGAUUCUCAGUUUUCGACCUCAGCGGUCUCGACUCUCGGUUUUCGACCUCUUGCGAUCUCGAUUCUCGGUUUUCGACCUCAGCGGGCUCGACUCUUGGUUUUCGACCUCUUGCGGUCUCGAUUCUUGGUUUUCGACCUCAGCAGUCUCGAUUCUCGGUUUUCAACCUCAGCGGUCUCGACUCUCGGUUUUCGAUCUCUUGCGGUCUCGAUUCUCGAUUUUGACCUCAGCGGUCUCAAUUUUCGGUUUUCGACCUCAACGGUCUCGACUCUCGGUUUUCGACCUCAGCGGUCUCGAUUCUUGGUUUUUGACCUCAGCAGUCUCGACUCUCGGUUUUCGACCUCAACGGUCUAGACUCUUAAUUUUCGACCUCAGCGGUCUCGAUUCUCGAUUUUCGACCUCAGCAGUCUCGACUCUCAGUUUUCGACCUCUUGCGGUCUCGAUUCUCGAUUUUCGACCUCAGCUGUCUCGACUCUCGGUUUUCGACCUCUUGCGGUCUCGAUUCUCGGUUUUCCACCUCAGCGGUCUCGAUUCUCGGUUUUCGACCUCAGCAGUCUCGACUCUCGGUUAUCGACCUCUUGCGGUCUCGAUUCUCGAUUUUGACCGCAGCG